UCUCUCCUCCAGGUCCUAAGCCUCUGUAGCUUGGUUCCCCCCGCGCCCUGGGCUCCGGCCAUGAAGCGCCCCUCAGGGCUGGAGGAGGCCCAGUCGCCGGCCUCAGACAUCCGCGUGUUUGCCAGCAGCUGCUCGAUGCACGGCCUGGGCCACGUCUUCGGCCCGGGGGGCCCGAUGGUGCGCCGGGGGCUGUGGACCACAGCCGUGCUCCUGGCACUGGCCACCCUCCUCUACCAGGUGGCUGGGAGGGUGCGCUACUACGGGGAGUUCCACCACGAGACGGCCCUGGAGGAGCGUGAGAGCCGCCGGCUCACCUUCCCGGCCGUCACCCUGUGCAACAUCAACCCGCUGCGCCGCUCACGCCUCACGCCCAAUGACCUGCACUGGGCCGGGCCCGCACUGCUGGGCCUGGAGCCCACCGAGCACGCCGCCUACCUGCGUGCCCUGGGCCGGCCCCCCGCGCCGCCCGGCUUCAUGCCCAGCCCCACCUUCGACGUGGCCCGGCUCUACGCCCGGGCCGGGCACGCCCUCGAGGACAUGCUGCUGGCCUGCCGCUACCGAGGCUGGCUGUGUGGGCCCGAGAACUUCACCACGGUCUUCACCCGCAUGGGGCAGUGCUACAGCUUCAACUCCGGCGCCGAAGGCGCAGAGCUGCUCACCACUCCCAAGGGCGGCAUGGGCAACGGGCUGGAGGUGCUGCUGGACGUGCAGCAGGAUGAGUACCUGCCCGUGUGGAGGGACACGGAGGAGACGCCGUUUGAGGUGGGGAUCCGAGUGCAGAUCCACAGCCAGGAGGAGCCGCCGCUCGUUGACCAGCAGGGCUUCGGGGCGGCCCCUGGCUACCAGACCUUUGUGUCCUGCCAGAAGCAGCAACUGAGCUUCCUGCCGCCGCCCUGGGGUGACUGCAGCUCUGUCUCUCUGGACCCUGACUUUGAGCCGGAACCCUCCGGUCCUCUGGACCCCCCCAGGCCCAGCCUAGGCCCCAGCCCUCCCUAUAGUCUAAUAGGGUGUCGCCUGGCCUGCGAGAGCCGCUACGUGGCUCGGAAGUGCGGCUGCCGAAUGAUGCAUAUGCCAGGCGGCGCGCCGGUGUGCAGCCCCCAGCAGUACAAGGACUGUGCCCACCCGGCGCUGGACGCCAUGCUGCAGAAGGACGCGUGCACCUGUCCCAACCCGUGCGCCAGCACGCGCUACGCCAAGGAGCUCUCCAUGGUGCGGAUGCCGAGCCGCGCCGCCGCCCGCUACCUGGCCCGGAAGCACAACCGCAGCGAGGCCUACAUCGCGGAGAACGUGCUGAUGCUGGACAUCUUCUUUGAGGCCCUCAACUACGAGACGGUGGAGCAGAAGAAGGCCUACGAAAUGUCGGAGCUGCUCGGUGACAUUGGGGGCCAGAUGGGGCUGUUCAUCGGCGCCAGCCUGCUCACUGUCCUUGAGAUCCUGGACUACCUCUGUGAGGUGGGUGGGCCUGGGCUCCAGCUGUGGGAGGCGGGCAGAGUCACGCCGCAGGAUCCAGGGGUCAGGUAUGCGCUGGCCACCUCCAGCACUGCUUCCCCCAGGUGUUCCGGGACAGAGUCCUGGGAUACUUCUGGAACCGAAAGCGCUCCCAAAGGCACUCCAGCGCCAACCUGCUUCAGGAAGGGCUGGGCAGCCAACGAACCCCAGUUCCACACCUCAGCCUGGGCUCCAGGCCUCCCACCCCUCCCUGUGCCGUCACCAAGACGCUCUCUUCCUCUCAACGCACCUGCUACCUCGUCACCCAGCUCUAGAUGGGGCGUCUGCGUCUUCAGGGCCGCACCCUGACAUCCUGGCCGUGGCCAGCCCGCAAGUGUCUGUCCACCUUCACCCCAAAUAAAGUUCUAGUGCCUCAGCCUCAGCUGUUCCACUUACAGGCAGACCAGCCAGGCCACAGUCAGCCCUACUCGGGCACAAGACCUCUCUGCCAGCCAUCACCCAGCAGACGUGAUGUCUGAAACGUUAACCUCCAGAAAUCUCUCGACGAGAGAAUAGUAAGCGGCCAUGGGUUACUUGAACCUCAGUGUGAAUGAGUUUGUCAAACCGACAUCUCAGAGUGAAUGGAGCCCAAAGCCGGGUGUGAAGGCAGAGGCGGCGGUGCUAGGACAGCCGCACUCGGGGUCCGAUCAGGGAAGGGCUGGCAGAAGGCUCUGAUCCAGAGCCCGGCAAGAAGCGGCGGAGCCGGUGGGGAGAAGCUGGCGUGGCUAGCCCGCUUCCAAGAACACAAGCUGCUGUCCUGUCUUAGGCAUUCGUGACUUUCUCACACUUGGGACCGAGUGUCAGCCUGCCCGCCCCGCACAGGAACCGCUCCUGCUUCCGCAGCCUUUGCACAAGAAUUGCAGGCCCCAGCUUGGGGGGGGGGAGCCCAGGCCCUCCCUUCCCACCCCUGCCAGUAAGCACACGCCCAGGCCCGCUUUCUCAGCUCCUUCUCGGCACCCUAAAUACUGGAAAAUGACAAAUAAGGGAGCCGGGGAGGGGGUGCUCCCAACCACCGCUUUGGGUGCCUCCUGUCUCAGCCUGAGGGCCUGGGUGUGGGGGGCGUGAAGAGGGAAGUGGCAGGGCGGGUACACGUGGGACAAGAACCAUAAAGAAAGGCCCGGCUCUUUUCUCCGCAUUCUGGUAGAAGCCCAUCCUUGCUCUCAGACACUGGGAGCCUAACGCCUCCUGGGCAGAGAAAGGGAAGGGCACGAGCACAUACGCACACAUGUGGUGGCAGUGCCUAAGGGUAAGGGUCUGGUGCAGACCUAAGGGUAAGGGUCAUAGCCUCCAACCCCCAGCCUCCAGCCACUCAGAGUAGCAGAGCCAGGGCCGGACAGCUGGGUUGUGUUGGAGCUGGAAGCAGGGUUGCAGAGGGUGGGGAAGCGAAACAGAGCCUCAGGCCCCCCCAGCACCACACCCCCACCCCCCGCCCAGAGCCACUUUUCCAGCACAUCAGCCAAACU